UUCUCUCUCUUCACCCUCUUUCCCAUCCUCUUCCCUCUUUCCCUCCCUUCCUCUCUCCAUCCAGCCUCUGUUGGCCUCUGGUAGAGGUCACCAUGUGGGCCAACUACAUUGUCCAGCCGGAGGAGGAUGGCCGUAUGGGGGUGGUAGGAGCAGGGCCCCAUGGGGGCCUGGCAGGGGUGAAGGGAGUUGGGCGUGCUACAAGGCGGACCCCUAGGAUGAGUGACAGCCAGGAGGGGAAAAUCAAGCUGGCGUUCUUUGUGGCCAUUGUGGGCGUGACCCUGACAGUGCUGGGGGUGGGAACAGAGUUCUGGGUGGAGCUGGCCACACCCAAGACCUGGAGUAACAACCAGACGUGUCAGACAGCCCACUAUGGCCUGUGGAAGGGGUGUACCCGCACCCUGUGGGUGGACGACAUCGACCCCGAGAGAGAGAGCUGUGGCCCCGCCGACCUGCCCGGAGAAUCCAACUGCACUUACUUCAAAUUCUUCACCAAUGGAGACAACGCAGUCAUAUUUAUGAAGACAACCCACAAGAACCUGAACAUAGCGGCUGCUAUCCUAGCAAUGAUAGCUCUGUCUAUGAUGGUGAUGGGAGCAAUCUGUAUCACCAUGUCCCUCAGUAAAGGAGUGCCCUUCUUCCUCAAGCCCGCCUCCUUCUGCUUCAUCCUAUCAGGUCUACUGGUCCUGCUGUCUAUACUGGUGUUUCACCAGUCAGUGUUGGCCCUGUUGUCAUCUGACCACUCCAUACCGCUCCACCACGAGCUCUCCUGGUCCGUGGCCUGUGUGGGCUUCGCUGGGGCCAUCCUCAUCAUGGGGGGGAUCCUUUUCCUGUUCCUCUCCCUCCCCUAUAGCCCAUGGGAAAAAUGUUUGCCUCAACGCAACAGCAGCACUACCUAGCACAUGGGAGGCCCAAAAGCUGUGGGAAAAAAUUGAGUUUUAUAUCAGGAUUGCAAUCAAACUCCAGUCCUCGAGGGAAGCACUGUCUACAGGCUUUAGUUGUCAAGUAUAAAUCAGACACUGAUCAGAACAGCUACAACCAGUAGACACUGAUGCCACCCAGGGGUUGAGUUGGAGACCCUUGUUUUUAUUGUCAGUUAUAUUGUCAAACUGAACUGAAAGACUGACUAACUUGUAGGUCGACACAGUGUUUACUUAAUGCAAUAACAAUGAUGCUCACUAACUGUGCCUUGAACUCCACAAGCCUGCCCUAAAGCCUGCGACCUUACCAGAAAACACUACAUAGACCACAACUUCUCCACGUUUUGGCAUCAUGACCAACCUAUAGCUUUUAGAAGUUUCUGACGACCUACCAAAGAACAAGCAAUGUUUCUAAGCAGUUCCCGGUCUUUACCAGCGGGGUAAUGCUGGGUUAAACAAAAAAAGACCCAGCAGUGGGGUGCAGCAUCCUGUCUGUACUAUGAACUAUGUACUAACCAUUACUUAUUGAUAAUGUUACUUAGCCAAUGAAAUGGUAACAUGGUAACCAUGGUAACAUGUAGGUCACUACCGUUGCGAAGGGAGGAAAUUCUAUAUUGUUUCCAGGAAGUGGCAUAGCCAUCCCUGCUACAUGAAACGAUUGGAGGUUGUCACUAUUAAUCUAUUAUGAAUGAUUAUGACGUCUUACACUUAAUACCUAGAAAUAAUAUAUUAUCUAUUUAUUAUCUACACAUUGUCCACAUGAAUGAAUGCUGUUUUUACGUAAGAAUGUGUAAAUGAUUUAACGUAUGUAUGGAAGAUAAAGAUUUAUAUUUGAGAGUGUAUUGUAUAGACUCACUUUACAAGCACAGCUCUUUAUAUAAAAUAUGUGUUUGUAUUUUAUUUAUACCUGCACACUGUAGCCUUUUGUUCAAGCUUAGGGGGGUGUUUUUAGUUUUUAGCUUAUUCAAACCCUUUUUUCAUCAUGUGUUUUAUUUGUCAUAAUAAAGCCCACCUUGUCUUUCUCUACCGACAUGUUUGUUUGGGGAAAUGCACAUUGUGCAUAAAUGGUCCUAUGAUCAUAUGUAUGUCUCACUGGGUUUGCUUUUGAAAUAAAUAGACUUGACA